GGAAAUUCAAAUAAAAAUCUCUUCAGUUCGUCAAUAACACCGUUACCAUAGAUAUCGAACGAAGAUGGCGCCAAAUCUGUUCAAUUGUUCCAAUAGUUUGUUUCACUACAUAUCUGCUAGAAUUAUACUAAUUCUAAUGCUGUGUUCUGUCUUACAAAUCGAUGGAUUUCUUCAUAAUUAUGAUUUUAAGAAUUCAAAUAGGGAUUUUGAGCUAGCAUAUGAUAUUUAUACAAAUUCAGAUUCAGUAGUGGAUAAAUGUUUGGCAAUUUGUUUAUAUUGUCAUCAUGAUAAAAGUACAUUCGACCAAUGUGCAAAUAAUCGAUGUCAACAGUUAGAAAAUGUUUUCUUCCCAAAACAUUUUGAUAAAGACUGCUUAUUCUAUCGAACAAUUAUUAUGAGUUAAAGUUUAAUACAAAUAAAGGAAGGACAGAGGAAUACUAAUUGAAUGACCAAAAAUAAUUGAACAAAGUUUAUUGAUUAAAUAAUAUAUAUCCAGUUAUUUAAUUAAUAAAUAAACCUAUUAUAUGAGUAUAUAUGU